CAGGUCAGGACAGUAGAGAAUAGGCCGGCCACAGGUGAGGAGCUACACCACACGCGCUCCUUGCUGCCAUGUCCAGCAGCGGCGACGCCAUCACGAGCGAGGACUAUGGCAACGUGGCGCUUUUGUACGCGAAGCUGGUGGCGCAGGUCUUGUCCACGCUCAUGAGCGCCUUCGUGGGCACGCGCCACAUUCUGCAAGUCGUGGCGUUAAAGAAGGAGAUUCGCGCCAGACGUCAACUACAGACGCCCAUGCUAGCGGCAGCCGACCACCGACGACGCUAUCCGGGGCGCAAUUGCGAUUCAGCCCCUCCCACAGUCCUGAAUCUCUCGGACGGCAUCCCUCUUUCGAGUCAACAGAGCGGCCAUACGAGUGGCACACAGUCGAAUGCAUCCGACGACUACAGACGCAAUCGCCAGGCCUCGUUCCUGGUGAGGGAAAGGGAGAACGCGCUCUACGCGCCCAUAGGCGGACCAGACCUUACGACCAACGAGAGCGACGACGAUCGACCGCGAGUCUCCGUAGCCUCGAGAAUCCUCCGCGUCAUGUGUAUCACAGACUUUAUCUUCUCUUUAUCGGGUGCCGUCGUGACGGCCGUGGAGCUCUGGGCUCCCGCUGCUGGCAGCAGUUUCCAGCUCACGUUCUGGGCUCAAGCGCCACACUGGUGCUCCCAAGUCGCCAGCUUCUGCUGGGUCGCUACGUUGGCGUUAUACAUCGCCAAGCACAGGAACCGCGCGAGUUUCGACGUAGCAAUCGCCCACGCGAUUAUCUGGAUGGUUGUCGUAUUCUAUUGGGUUUUGGAGCUCUAUUCGAGUUACUACGAGACCAAAGGCUUCGUGAAUGCCGCUAAAAUCAUCUGGAAAGUCAUGGCUGUCUGCUGCUUCCUUAUUAUCACCUUCUGUUGGUUAAAUUUCGCGAGACGGUGGAGGAAACAGGAGCGACGCAAAGGCGCUUACGUCGUGUCCAAGCUGGCGUCCUAUACUCUGGCGUUUUUCGUGUUCGUGGGGCCCAUUGUGGUCACCGACUUGGCUCUAGGACUCCACAGUUCAGGCGAAGUUAUGGACACAUGUUCGGUGAUUCUAGCCAUGUGGCCUUUUGUAAAUGCAGUCAUUUACCUCACCAAACCCACACUGUGUCUCAAGCUCUUCCAGUCCAAGCCAAGUCGAGGUCAACGUGGACAAUACGACUCAGCCGACGGACAAGGGAACGGCCUUAACAGACUAGGAAGUCGACGGUUUAUGAGUGCCGGGAAUGGCUCAGCAGGUACAGCAAAUGGAAUAACAGGCGGGAAUUCAGGCGAUACAGGGCAGAAACUACUGAUGUCGCCGUCCCAUCAUGAGCUUAAGGGCUUAGAAAUCGGCGAUAAGAUCGGCGAAGGUGUCGCUGUGGUUUACCUUGGGAAAUGGCGUGGAGCUAACGUCGCGGUGAAGAUGAAAGCCGUGCUGGCAGCGCUGGAGAGUGCAGCAGAUAUCGCCGAGUUCCAACACGCCUGUAAUGUCGAGAUCCAGGCUGAAGCUGAAGUUAUGCGAGGCUUGUGCCAUCCAAACAUCGUGCUGUUCAUGGAAGCUGGCUUCUAUCGUGGAUCGAUCUGUAUUAUUUCAGAGUAUUGCGCGCGUGGAUCACUGCGUGAUGUACUGAAACAACAGACACCGGACGUUAAGAACCUGAAUUGGCCGACCAAACUGCGUCUGGCGCUGGGAAUCUCGCAUGGAAUUCAGUAUUUGCAUAACGCCAACCCGCCAAUGAUCCACCGAGACUUGAAGUCUCCGAACGUACUGGUGGACGACUCGUGGCACGCCAAGAUCGCGGAUUUCGGUACACUUCGCUUCUCAGAGAUUGUGUCAUCGGCAGCACAACUUCAGUCGUCGCAGAUUAAACCCAGGAGUUCUGCAAAAGUGCCUGUGGUUGAGAUGACAGGACUGGUGGGUACUACGCGCUGGAUGGCACCGGAAGUGAUGCGAGGCGAACGAAUCUAUACCAGUAAAGUGGAUAUCUACAGUCUCGCGCUGAUCUUGUGGGAACUAAUUGAAGGGAAGCUGCCGUUUGAGAACACGCGAUGGAACCACGAGGUCGAGGACUUUGUGCUAAAAGGCGUUCGUCCCAACAUCCGUGCGGAUUUGUGUCCACUGCGUUGGAAACUACUGAUCGUGACGUGCUGGCAAGCCGAUCCACGCGAAAGACCCACGAUCCAGCAGGUUAUUAACAGUCUGCAGCGAAUUGGACGCGAGGAAGUGUGGGAUCCCACAGGUCCGCGGUUCACAGGAGUUAGUCAGCUGGGUACAUCCAUGUCUUCUUCGAUGUCGCAGUCAAUGUCGUCGUCGUAUCUCGAGUCUCCGCCUGCUGGACCUAUUGGACGUAACUUCAGUCGGCAUCCUGCUGCAUUGGAUGAGAAUCAUGCAAGUGAAUCGGACUCUGAUGCGGAGAGCUUUGCAGAGGAGUUCUCGUACGUUCCAACGCUCGAUUCCCUGGCAUCUCCAGCCAUUCUGGGGGCAUCGGACGCUAGUUCGAAGAGCUCCAAGAGAUCACGUUCGAGGUCGCGUCAUGGCUCCAUGGAGACGUCUGCUAGCAGUCGAUUGAGCUGUGUAAGCACAACUAGCAGCACUGUAAGUAUGGGCGUCAACGACAGUGGAUACUUUGGUUCAAGCGGCCAUGGCAUGGAACCAAGCGCGAGUUCUAUCAGUGUUGGUACUCUCCAUGGCAGUACGAGUUCGUCCAUCAGUGGUCGCUCAGUGGGGAGCUCACGGACGCCCAAGAUCAAGAAGAAGCGUCCAGAGUGGCGACGUCGUACCGACACGAUCCAGGAAACGCAGCCGACGGAUCUUCUCAACGCUCCGCCACACACGUUUGUCGAGUCUUCGCCGAAUGGAACUCCAUUCAUCGUCAAUAUUUAAAUAUCCGGAUCAGGGUGGAUGUAAGGUAUGAGGCUAGUAGCUCACCGUGUUUUGUUGCUGUUUUACAAUGUGGUGCUUUCAGUAUUCACCGGUGUUUAACCCCUA